CCCGUCUCCCCCCCCCCCCAGAGCAUUUCCUGUACCAGACGAAGCACGAGUGUCACUUCACCAACGGCACCGAGCGGGUCCGGUACCUGUACCGGGACAUCUACAACGGGCAGCAGGACCUGCACUUCGACAGCGACGUGGGGGUGUAUGUGGCGGACACGGAGCUGGGGCGGCCUGACGCCGAGUACUGGAACAGCCAGCCCGAGACACUGGCGGACGAGCGGGCUGCGGUGGACACGUGCCGGUACAACUACGAGGCGGCGCAGACGGGGAAGGUGGUCGGCCGCCGAGGUGA